CAAUUCGCACUAGUCUGAGUAUGAGGGAUUACCAGAGGUCGGAGUUCACAUGCUUGUUUGAAAAUUACGAAACAUUUUGUACUAUAGUUGAAUAUAGAAAGCGAAAUCGCAAGCUUGGGAAUCAUUUAUCGACAAUUCGUGAAACCGCAAACAAUAUUAGGAUGGUUAUACAAUCGCAUUUUAGCCUCGGCCUCUACUUCUUGGUAUUAUUUUCACUAAGCAGCCAUAUAAGUAUUUGUGACAGUGCCCCGGCUGGAAAUACGGAUGUUUUUGAGAAUUCGGCUCACCCAGUAGUUCGUGUACUUCAAGGAGAAGUUCAAGGUGUAAAUAUGGUCACGCGCCGCAACCGGAUAUUCUUCGGCUUUAAAGGAAUCCCAUUCGCACAACCGCCGAUUGGAAAUCUCAGAUUCAAGGGACCCGUACCGGCAGAAGCGUGGAAUGGAACUUUAGAUGGUAGCGUCGAUUCCCCCCCAUGUCCUCAGCUGGAUGGUACAGUGUUCAUCGGAGAUGAGGACUGUCUCUAUCUCAAUGUGUAUACACCGCAACUUCCUACCAGUGAUAACUCCACGUUACUACCAGUAAUGCUGUUUGCCUAUGGCGGCGGAUACAAAACAGGAACGAAUAAUCCAAAACGAUGGGGACCUCAAUUCAUCCUUGACAAAGAUGUCGUUCUGGUAGUUCCUAGCUAUCGUAUGGGUCCUUUAGGAUAUCUCAGUACUGGAGAUGAAGUGUCACCUGGAAAUUACGGUCUUAAAGACUUAGUUCGAGCUUUAGAAUGGACUCGAGACAACAUUCGCUAUUUUGGCGGUGAUCCGAAUCGAGUCACUGUUCAUGGAGGAAGUUCAGGGGCCGGGUGCGUUCAUCUCUUGACGAUGUCGAAUUUGACGAAUGGACUUUUUCAUAGAUAUAUAUUACAAAGUGGAAACGCGCUCGGGUUUCAAUUUCCACGUUCGAGAACGGAGAGUGCAAAUUCUGCUGCUACGCUUGGUGAACAUCUUGGCUGCCCGACUAAUACCUCUGCUGCCCUUGUUAACUGUUUGAGAACUUUGAAGGCGUCGCAACUUGUCGAUACGACGUCUGUGUUCACCAAGUGGUUCGUGUUUCCGUAUAUCAUAUGGGGUCCGAGUAUUGAACCGGAAAUAGAAGGAGCAUUUAUAACGGAUACUCCAAGGAACCUGUAUGCUCGCGGAAUGAUCCGUGAUCUGCCGUCAAUAAUCCAGGUUGUUCGCGACGAAGGAAUUGUCUUCGGUGCCUUAUUUCUCGACAAACAAGACUUGCUCGAAGAAUUUUUGAACAAGAUCGAUAUUGUUCUACCUCACGUCUUACAAUAUGAGCAUCAGAUUGACAAUCUGACGGUCUUCGCUGAUGCCAUUAAGUCAUACUACUUUUACAAUUUGACCGCUGAUCCAAACAUAAUAUUAAAUAAUUUCACGUCACUCAUGGGUGAUGGUUGCUUCUCAUAUUUUUCGCACAAAGCUGUUCAGGAGAAAGCGCUCCAUACAAAGAGCCCCCAGUAUUUUGGCUUAUUCAACUACCGGGGUACAGUUAGUUACAGCUAUUUCUUCAGCGGAGGGGAUACUGUGAAUAUGGGUGUCGCACACGGUGAUGAGCUUCUCUACCUUCUUCCGGGACCGAAGUCUCAGUUUGGACCUCCAGGCUACGCAUUUAGUGAGGCCGAUUGGAAAAUGGUGGACACGAUGGUCCAAUUGUGGACCUCCUUUGCAACUACUGGAACACCAACAACUUUGGAUGGCACUCCAACGUGGUUACCAUAUUCACGUUCACUAGAUAAUUACCUCCAAAUAGGAGAUAAUUCUGACACAACUCUUCGAAUGAAGUAUGGAUAUUCCGUUGACCGAUUUAGAUUUUGGGACCAACUGUUAGCCGCUGUAAACUUGCACUAGCUAUGGCACUUCGUCUUUCACCUUUACAAUUGACUCCUGAAAAGAAUCGAUGCUGCGAAGGUACAAGUAUUGCAAAUUCGCAUCCACGAAUAAAA